GUUUCCGGUUCCGUUGUAACGGGGUCUCCUGGGUGAGCUCCAGGACCUAUUGACCAACCCGAGAGGAACGUUAGGGUGACCCCCUGGCUGAGGGACGACGGUAUGUUUCCGAGAAGAACGAGAGCAAGAAGACAGGGAGAAUCCCGAACUCGCAAGAGUAGGUGUGAAUGACAGAAGUGGUGCCGUCCAGCGCCCUCAGCGAGGUCAGCCUGCGCCUCCUCUGCCACGAUGACAUAGACACCGUGAAGCACUUGUGUGGCGACUGGUUCCCUAUUGAGUACCCAGACUCAUGGUAUCGUGAUAUUACGUCCAACAAGAAGUUCUUUUCCCUUGCUGCCACCUACAGAGGCGCCAUCGUGGGAAUGAUAGUAGCUGAAAUUAAAAGCAGGACCAAAAUACACAAAGAGGAUGGAGAUAUUCUAGCCUCCAGCUUCUCCGUGGACACCCAGGUUGCGUACAUCCUCAGUCUUGGUGUUGUCAAAGAGUUCAGAAAGCAUGGCAUUGGGUCUCUCUUACUUGAAAGUUUAAAGGAUCACAUUUCAACCACCGCCCAGGACCACUGCAAAGCCAUUUAUCUGCACGUCCUCACCACCAACAACACAGCCAUCAGCUUCUACGAAAACAGAGACUUCAAGCAGCACCACUACCUGCCCUACUACUACUCCAUCCGCGGGGUCCUCAAGGACGGCUUCACCUACGUCCUCUACAUCAACGGUGGCCACCCUCCCUGGACAAUCUUAGACUACAUCCAGCACCUGGGCUCAGCGCUGGCCAACCUUAGCCCCUGCUCCAUCCCACACAGGAUCUACCGCCAGGCCCACAGCCUGCUCUGCAGCUUCCUGCCAUGGUCAGGCAUCUCCAGCAAAGGUGGCAUCGAGUACAGCCGUACCAUGUGAUGCCAGCUGGACAGCCUCCACCAGUUCCUACCCCUCAGUACCCUACGGAGCCCUCCUUCCUAUCCUUCUGACCUCUACUGUCUUCUGCAAGGAACUGGUGACCACCUGCCAGGCCCGUCGGCCUGCCCCAGCUGCAGGCCCGGUGCUACGCGGGCUCAGAGCAGAGAGUGCCCGGUCUCCUCACAGGCUCUCCAGCUCUCCUCUGGCUUCUGGAAACCUCUGCCUCUCAGUGCCCUGGUCAUGCCUUCACACACAGGCACCCAUCAGGCAGCGGGCCGGAGCAGCUGCACUCACUGGGCACACUUCUUGUCCCAGGCCGCUCCUCCUUGGUCACCUGUUCCCCAGCCCCUUCCUGCAAAGCUGAGGGGAACCUGGUGCUGUGAGGGAGCAGCCCGAGUGUUGAGCCCCAGAACAGAGCAGAGACCCUGCCCCAAGAUGCCUGGCAGGAGUGGUCAGAGUGGGGAAGGCUCUUCCCACGAACAUAGAGCUCUGGGCCCAGAUGCACAGAUGAUAUUGCGAUUCCUGCUGUCGCCAAGACACCACUCUGCCUGCUGGAUUGGGGGCUGCUCCAUGCACCUGACAGCCCACUGGGAGUUGGGCUGAAGACACAUCUGCUUCCCCCUUCUUCAUCCCUCCAUGAGCCACAGCCCCAAGACCUGCCUGGUGCAGACAGGAGACUGAGCUCGAUGGUGGGGGUGGCUGAAGACAGGGACAUCACGUGCCUGGGCCAGCUCUGAAUUGUGCCUGCAGUGUGAGUCCAUCACACAGUCUAGCAUCCUUCCCACCCUGCACCGUACCCCCGCUCCCCCCAAGAGCCAUUGCUGCCUGCCUUGCCCUGCAGCAGCUGGGACCCCAGGAUCCCAGGGAGCCAGGGUAUCACAAGGUUUGGGACAGAGGGAACCAGUCUUAGCAGAUGGCGCCUGGGCAGCCCAAGUGCUUCCCUCAGAAUGUGCCAGGCUCACAUGGGGAAGGGGCCCUGGUGUGAUGCAGCAUCCGGCUAACUGAUCCAGCCUCGGCUGCUGUGCUGUGCACUGAGGUCAUGGUGUCCUCUCUACUCAGAA